CUUCCGCACAUUUGUGCAAAGUUCCAUGUCGAAAACAGACAGACCCUACCACAACUGAGGGCAUCUAAGUGGCGAUGGCAGUGACCUCACCAUAUCUUUUGGUGGUACAAUCAGACGAAAAGACGUCACAGAAGUAUUCAGAGAAGUUUUCAGCCUUUCCCUCGUCUGACUCAGCCGCUUCUCCACUAAUGCUUGUGAGUGACAGUAUAACACUGCUAGUUUUAGUCCUACGUUUAAUAUGCGAAUACAGCCUUUUUGGGUGAUAAACACAAUCCAGUACUAGCUGUCUCUGGUACUCUGCAGAACUCUUAUCAAUCACAUGCUUGUCCAGUCUAACCUGAUUGAAGUAGUUGACAGGUUUUUCAUAUAAAUGCACUCGGGGAAAUCAUUUUAUUCUGCAACAAAGGUGAGAUUUUAUAAUAACGCCUGUGUAAAAGAUGUUGCGGAGAAAGACAAUGAAGGCUUCGUAACUAAGCUAUGCAGUUCACAGAACAUAACACCUGUAUCAGUCUUUCUAAAUUAUUUUCUGGAGUUGCCAUGAAGCAGUCUGCAAUUGAAGUGCCCAGUAGCUCUCGCCAAUCCAUUACUUGGAUGAGUGGUUUUUAUUAGUUUUAGAAAAGUUUUCUUUAAGUUCUUGUCACGUCGCUGAAGGGGCUUGUAAUGAAAUAAAUGUAUUUCUAGUGAACUUCUCUCUACUGGUUGCUUAUUGUGUAUUCCACAAAACUUAUUGCUUUUUUGUCAUUGGUUUCCUCCGUACAACUAGACAGCUACUCGUUAUAUUCCUGGUGCACAGCUUUUUUGGCUUACCCUUAGUAUCCUAUCUGAAGUUACCAUACAGACACAUUCCAACAUUCAUUCGACGUAACUGCCUAACUGGCAUAUGUCAUGUGAAUAUCAAAUUUUAUAUACUUUUGUGGUGCAUAGAUAGUGGAGAUUUCAGACACCGGCUCUUACUGUUACUCCGUACUUCUUCUAAAUGCACCGUCGCAAGCCGCAAUCAUCUUGAGAUCUAGAACAUUGCUCGUUAUUAAAGCAGACUACCCUCUAAACUCAUCUAUUUCAACAUAAGUAAUUUUUGUUACAAAUCUUGUCAUCGAAUAUCGUUCGUAGCGUAUUAUAUUGAACAAAUCCUGUACUAAGCAAAUGAGCUCUGCAGAACUGUAUUCCUGAUGAUACACCUACAGGGGAACGCUUUGUUUACCAAAAACAAGGUAUGGUUGAUUCGGAUAUGUUAGCGAAAUUGAUCAAUAACAGAUUAAUUUUGAGUGACGUCUACUUUUUGGCAAAUCAAUACUCGUGAGUAUUCCAUAUUAAUGAGGUUACUUGUCCUUUUAUUCAAAGCACUUUUUCAUCUUAAAAAUACAUAUGUUUAGGAUUCCCAGGAAUGUCUUUGUAUUCGUUUGGUUCAAAUAUUUGUCAGCCUCAAAAUAUGGAAAUCAGAGUUUUCUGUAACCAUGCGCUAAUUCAAAGCAUCCGGUAAACUGAAAAGCAUACCAAAUAAAAUCAUACUCUCAGAGAAUAAAACCAAAUCAAAACAUUCACCUUAGCUACAUAUAUUCUGUAUUUUUUGAAAAUCAUACAAUGCUUUGUUUAGUGUGCACCUUUGGCGUUUGCUAGCGUUUUUCAGCGUCCACUUACUGUACUCUUUGAUACUUCACAAUUCACUAAUGGCUCUGUUUACUGAUAUUCCCUUUAAAAUUAGUUUUAGAGCAGUUAUAAUCCUGGUUUGGCGAGGAUGGGUUUUAUAGUCGUCAGAAAAUGUGCUUGACUGUUUCGGUCUGAAUGAAUUUAAUCGUUAUCAUUAUCUCAAAAAUUGCUAUACUGAUUAUGGCUUUCUAAAUUGUGAAACAAGCUGUUUACGUAGUGCUUGGACGUGAAGUGCAGUUGUUCUUAGUUAACCCCCACUAGUGAGUCUAAACUCCCUAGAUGAUGUCACCUGUUUGAGUUGCUUUUAUAACUGACUCAUAUAUAAAACCACUAAUGACCACGGUUCGAAGUUAUUCCCUUGAAAUGAAAAUUGUAUAAUUGUACAUUUAGCAGCUAACGAUGUCAGAUAGGUAUGAGCAUCAAAGGGAAUAACAUUUCUAGGAUGGAAAGUUUGACUUUGAAACAACAGUUGAAAAGAUAUCUGCCAUAUUCCAAAUGCCAGAAUGAAGGAUGUAAAUGUAGUACAUGGAAGUCAACUGAUUUAGAAACAGACGACAAAGUUAACGAUGCUGUGUGUAAAAAUUGCCGCCACGUCACUUUAGCUUGUCUGACUCAAAUGCUAGUGUUUGGCUUAACAGUGCAAUGCAAAUGGUUAACGAUGUGGAGCGUAUGUAUGUCUUGUGCACAAAAGAAGAGGACACUGAGACGAGAAAUAUUUAUUUUUGUAUCAUGAAGCGCCUUCGUAAAGCUUUAAUGAACAAAAUACAACCUGGUUUUGAUGAUAAACCUCCAUUUGAACGACCUAAUAUAGAGACAGCUGUUAGAAAUGCUCUACUUCUUUGCGCUGUUACUAAUCCUCAAAAACCAGACAUCACAAUUGAAUUGUGCAAAUUAUUUUUGUCCUAUAUUAAUUCUUAUAAAAUAGCCUAUCCAAGCCAAAGAAGUCACAAGCAUGAAAAUAAAACCGGAUAUAAAUUAAUUUAUAUGAGAUGGUUAUGUCAUUGCUAUAUACCAAAGUUUUGUCUUACAUUACCGUAUACUGAAGUUACCUGUGCAUUUGGAAAGAAUUUCCUACUAGCUGUUUUACCUGAAAUUAAACGAAAAUUAAGUGACUUUUUCAAAAAUAAUUCUACAGCAUCCUCUGCACUGGAUGUCAAAUCACAUUUGAUGCAGCCUUUAAUGCGGUUAUGUAGUUUACUGGAGGAUACUAUUGACAAGGAUGAUACAACAUCAAUAUGGGAUCCAUAUUUUCGACUACCAUCACUUACUGACCUCCAUAUAAUUACUCCUAAUAAGUUGAUACAGUCAAUUUCUAUUGAUCACAUAGUUCAUCAUCAUCCUACACAUCAGCAUAGUCUGUCUCUGGAUAGUUCAGUUGACCUGAAAACAGAUAUAGCUGUUGUUACACCAUUGAUCACUGAUUCUAAAGUGAAUAGAGCAUUCAGUAACUCUGAUCUGACAGUUUGUGAUACAAAUAUUGAAGGAAAUAAAUGCAUCAAAGAAGACAAUGAAACUUUAGCCAGUCGGAGAUCAAGCGUUCGUCUUCGAAGUCAGUCUUCCCUAGUGAAUGCAUCCUCAUCUUUGAGUGAUUCAGAAAAAGUGGAUUGUAAAUCCGAAGAGAAAUAUACAAUUACUCAUAGUGAUUUGAAAAAACCUUUAAGCAAGAAACUGCAUUUACCUGUUUCAGGAGAUAUUUGCAUUACUGAAAUAGAACAAAUUUUGGAAGAAAUUAAAAAUGAUGAAAGCCCUCGAAAAGGAUUUUAUCCUUUUCAAACACUGCAUUCAUUAAAUGCAACAAGAGAUGCUGCUGCCCGUCAAGAAGAAUCUGCGGGGAAUAUUGAAUUUCAUAUAGUUAACAACAGUUUAAAUCCAAAUCAAGCUCCACAAACAUAUAUAUGGCUUUUGGAAUUAUUGAAUGUAUUCGCCUUACAACUACCUCGUAUGCCAAAAGAAUAUAUUGCACGUCUUAUUUUUGAUCCAAAACACAAAAAUCUCAUCCUACUCAAAGUUUCUGAAGGCAGUGAAAAACACGCUAUUGGUGGAAUAUGCUUUCGUAUGUUUCCAUCUCAGGGAUUUACGGAAAUUGUGUUUUGUGCAGUUAUUUUCAAUGAACAGGUUAAAGGCUAUGGUACACAAAUGAUGAAUCAUUUGAAAGAUUAUCAUAUUCAGCAUAAAAUAUUUCAUUUCCUUACAUACGCUGAUUCAUUUGCUACUGGAUAUUUUAGAAAACAAGGAUUUUCACGAGAGAUACGCCUCUCUCGACAAGCUUAUGUAGGAUUUAUUAAAGAAUAUGAAGGGGCUACAUUAAUGGGCUGUGAAUUAUACCCAAAUAUUAUAUACACGCGAUUUUCUGAAUUGAUAGCGAAACAAAAAGAGGUUAUUAAUCGAUUGAUAGAACGACGUCGUGAGUCGAUAAAUCAAGCUUAUCCAGGAAUACCUGCUAAGUUAUUUCGUAAUGGGCCAUUGAAACCAGAACAAAUUCCUGGUCUAGCUGAAUUAGGAUUUACUGCAAAUCAGUUCCCCGACUUAUUUGAUAAAAUUGAUAAUGCAGAAUCAUCAGAAAAUGUGACAAACAAUAUUAAUCCAUUAAAACGUGAAUCAUCGACUACUAUUACUGAUCAAAGUAUUGAAGAAAUCCAAAGAAUUCCAAGAAAGUUACGCAAACGUUCAUUACAAUCUCCUUUUAGUCCUCUGAAAUCAACAUCAAAGUUACAGAUGAGUUCAAAAAUUAAUUCAAGAUUACGACGUCAAAGUGGUUUGUCGAAAAUGCCAGAUCCACUAGAACCUGUUUGGAUUCAGAAAACGAAACAGUUAGCAGAAAAGAUACGUCCUGUUUUAAGCGCAGUCCGUACUCAUGUGUUAGCUGGUCCUUUUCAAAGACCUGUCACAGAAGAUGAAGCUCCAGGUUAUCAUAAAAUUAUUGUUUUUCCAAUAGAUUUAGGUACAAUGUGGGAUCGCCUAAAAUCAAACUAUUAUGUUACCAAAUCUUUGUUUAUCGCUGAUAUGAUGCGAAUGUUUCAUAACUGUCGUACUUAUAAUCAACAAGACUCAUAUCUAUAUAAGACUGCAAAUACUUUAGAGCGUUUUUUUAUCAAUAAGAUGAAGGAAGCCAACUUAUGGCCUUAAGUCUUAUGAACAGUCACAUAAUUUAUGUAUUUCUGUACAAAUUCAUUAUUUUGCGUGUUUUCUUUUUCUUUCUUCAAUAUGAUUGCGUUUAUUUCUUUAUGUGUAUAUGUGGUUUUGUGCAACCUUAUCCUCGUAAGUGGUAUUCUGUAAACUGUAAAUAUAUAAUUGUCUGUUGUUUUUGUUAUUAUUACUACUGAGUAUAUAUGUGUAUUACUCGAUUUUGAUUAUUUUUGUGGUGAGAGAUGAUGACGAUGAUUGAUGAUGAAACGAGAAUUUCUUUUUUCUUCGACCUUUAAGCAUAGCUACACACUUCGUCGACGGUAAAAAGUGCGGAAGUAAUUUU